CUUCCCGCCAACCUUUGUCAGUUUGUAGCUCUCCAGUUGCCGUCUGCUUAGUGCUUCUGCUUUGUUUGCUCCUCAUGCUUAUUUAGGCCAAUUUCGUUUAAAUUGUCUUCUAUCGUCAUUAUUUUUGAUAAGCAAUCUACAAUGACAAUGAGGACAAAAGUUAAUGGAUCUCUACUGCCCAAGUUCAUGAACAAGAAUGUCAGUAUAUUCGGGACAGUUAUCAAGACCAAUCCCAAUGGCCGAUCAUUUGACAUUCAGACGGGUGAUAAACAAGUGGUUACAGUUAACCUUAAAGAACCCCUCAUGGAUCCGCUCACAGGGCUUGUUGAAGUACAGGGUGUAAGCCAAGGAAGAGGUCUUGUCGAGAGUGAUUACUUCAUUAACUUCCCUCCCGAACUGGCGGAGAACUUCGAUCUUGAAUUAGAAAGCGAGGCCGCAAUCCUACUUAACACCGUCAACAACUUUUGGAGAGAAACUUAAAAAUUAACUUCCUAGUUAGCACUGUAUUUCUAUUGAACUUAAAACGUGCCAGAGAAAGUAAUGUUCAAAAACUAAUCACUUUCUUACUUUAUUGGUAUUUAAAAUACGAUAAGUUGUUUUGCAAUUCAGUUUUUAAUAGUUUGUUUCGAUAAAGUCUGGUAUCCAGGUAUCUUAGUUAAGUUUAUUUUCAAAAUGUAUCUUUAUACAAUUAAACGCAUCUAAAUUCAUCCGUAUAUGUGUAAAACCUUAAAGAGAAGAGAACUAGUUGUUUUAAACUGUAUUCAAGCUGACUACAAAAGCUAUGGAAAUUUAACAUUUUAAUUUUUGUAAUAUACUGUAUUAAGACACAGUUUUAAUUAGUAAUUCUGUGAAUUGUGCACCAUUCUGUCAGCAAAUCAUGGAACCAUAUUUUGAAUUGUCAGUCUGUAUAUUUUUGCUUGUCUGUGAUUCUAUCCAGCAUGUUUCAUAACGUACAAAUAGCCGUCAAUUUGAAUUAUGUUAAACAGUAUCAAAUGUAAGUUUUUAAUAUUUGUUGUAACAUUCAUUCAUUUGUUUCCACACGCUUUGGGCUCUUAUACUAGCCAAAGUUGUGUUAAAACAUGUCAGUAGAUUUUUUUGCAUUUAACUGUUCAUUCCUUAUUGUUUUGGCAGUAUUUUUGUAUUCUAUUGUAUAGAUUUCUGUGAACUAUAAUGUUAUA